AGUCCCCGUGGUGCUGCUGACGGAAGAACAUAUGUUUUAAAGCAGGUGGCGCAAGCGCAGUGUACGCUUCCGCGCGACGUUACCUAGCCAUCUUUCCAGUCAAGCCAAAAGUGAUUGUUUUUCAACCUUAGUCUUAUUUAACGGAACUUUUAUUAAUGUCAGAACCACAGUCGGCGCUUCUACUAAGAAAACAAUUAGCAGAGUUAAAUAAAAACCCAGUUGAAGGGUUUUCAGCCGGUCUUAUUGACGACAAUGACAUAUAUCGAUGGGAAGUGCUUAUUAUUGGACCUCCAGACACAUUGUAUGAAGGUGGAUUCUUCAAAGCACAUUUACAAUUUCCCAAGGAGUAUCCACUUAGGCCACCAAGAAUGAAGUUUAUAACAGAAAUAUGGCAUCCAAACAUUGAAAAAAACGGGGAUGUUUGUAUAUCGAUCCUGCACGAACCAGGUGAUGAUAAAUGGGGAUACGAAAAAGCAUCAGAACGAUGGCUACCAGUUCACACUGUUGAAACAAUUCUAAUUAGCGUAAUCAGUAUGCUUGCUGAUCCAAAUGAUGAAAGUCCAGCAAAUGUUGAUGCGGCCAAAGAAUGGAGAGAAAGUUACACAGAAUUCAAAAGAAAGGUAGCUAGGUGUGUUAGAAAAAGCCAAGAAGAAUGUAUGUAGGGUAUGAAAUAAUAUUUACAUGGAAAGACUUAUUUAAUUCUGGGGAGCCAUACGCGCUGUAAAGAUCAACUGAAGUUGAGCAUAAAGCUAACAAGCAGCAGUGCCACUAAAAACAUGGACAAAGCCUGACACUCAUCCUUAUGCUAAGAGAAACCGAGAGCUCAUACGCAAUUCCGUUCAGUCUUUUGGACUGCGACUAUCCAAUACAUUGAUUUCCCUAUGACUAGAAAUGAAAAGAUGGAAAAUCAUAUGCAACUCAUUUUUUAGAAAUUGCUAAAACAGCUACGAAAAGUUAUUUACGACUACUCAUAAUAUAAACAAAAAAUCAUCUGUAAGAAUGCUACCUUAAUAUUAAUAGUUAUUGUAAACUUAACGUCCCUCCAUUUACCCGUUCCCUAUUUUACACCAUACUCAUCCAGAGAUCUCCCUUGUUCUCUACCAUCUUCAAAACCUUUAAUCGUGUAAUUUAAAGAAUAAUUCGUUUAUGUUAAUUACUCGAUAAUGAUUCCUCAGCGUCGUUUCGUAUUUUCUUACUUUCGUAUAAUAUAAAUAAAUUUUUGUAAAGUCGAAAGAAGUGAAAAUAACAAUCGUUGAAUGUAAUGCCAGUGAUGAAAAAAAAAAAAAAAAAAAAUACAUACGAAUUACUA